CUCACUAAAACAUGUUGGAUUAAUGGAUUGCUUGUUACGAUGUUUCUGGAUUUGACUUAGAUGUAGGUUUCUAGAUAACUUUGCAACCCGAUCGCGUACCAAUUUAUAAUCGACAAAUUCUUUUCAACUUCCGCGCGAGACACACACACGCUGCGUAUGAUCAUUAACAGAUGAAGAUUCUGCUUGAAAUAUUUUGAUAUCUACUUUAAACGUUCUAAGAUGAUGAAGCAUUGGCCAGGCACUCUGGAUCCAGUAAUAGCAGGUUCUGUGUUUGGUUGUAGCGCAUUAGUGUUGGCUAUCCUGUUAACAGCUGCCUGGUAUGUUUGUACGAGAAAACUCAACAGAAAUAAAGCAUUAGUGGCUGGGUUGAAUCAAUGUGGAGAAAAGGGAUUUGGUCAAAAUGUAAGAAUAAGUCAAAGUACGCCUGAUCUGGCUAAUGAAUCCUCGCCAAAGCACAUUGCCUCGGAAACACCAACCAGACGUGGCAUAUUUCAAAUCAGUUCCCGCCAAUGGACUCUUCCUACAGUGUCACCACGUCAUAUGAACUUUCAGCGCAUGCUGUCGCAUAAAAUAGACUUGUCAAAUAUAGAGUUUUCUGUUCAGAGUAUAAAACAUAAAGAGCAACCAGAACUGGGCUCAAUUAAACCAGAAUUAUACAAACAAGCAUCCAUAGACAGUCUCAGAUCAGAGCACACGCCUUGUGGAAAACUACUUUUUAGUUUGACAUAUUCACAAGAAGAGGGGAAUUUAUACGUUGACAUACACCGUGCUGAAAAUUUGCCAGCUAAAGAUUUUUCUGGUACCUCGGAUCCCUAUGUUAAAGUUUAUCUUCUGCCGGACAGAAAGACAAAAUUUCAAACUAAGGUUCACAGAAAAACACUAAACCCCGAAUUUGAGGAAACUUUUGUUUUUAAUUUACCGUAUGAAAGUUUACCUACAAGAACCUUACAGUUUAAUGUGUACGAUUUUGAUCGGUUUUCACGCCACGAUAUUAUUGGUGCUGUAAUUGUGAAAGACAUCUUAGGUGAAGGCAGUCUUGGCAAAGAAACAUUUUUUGUGAGAGACAUAUACGUCACAAACCAGGAAAAGGCAGAUAUAGGUGAACUUAUGUUGUCAUUAUGUUACCUCCCUACAGCGGGUCGGUUAACCUUAACGGUUGUUAAAGCCAGAAAUCUGAAACCAAUGGAUAUUACUGGUUUUGCUGAUCCGUAUAUCAAGGUGUCGAUGAUGUGUCAGGGGAAGAGAAUUAAGAAGAAAAAGACGUCAGUUCAGAAGAAUACCUUACACCCAGUAUUUAAUGAAGCGCUGGUAUUUGAUGUUCCACAAGAAAAUGUAGAAGAUGUUUAUUUUAUUAUAAAAGUUGUAGAUUAUGAUAGGAUUGGUAGUGACGAGUUUAUGGGCAGUGUUGCUCUGGGUCCAAAACAUAAUGGUCUAGGGCGUGACCAUUGGUAUGAAAUGUUGGAGAACCCUAGAAAACCCGUCGCACAAUGGUAUCAACUUCAAGAACAUUCAUCAUUCCCUAUGCCUAUAACGCCUAAUGGUAAAUGUUGCUUAAGACACCGACAGUCAACCGAAGACUCCAGUGACUUCAAUGGCAUACAUUGAUAACGUUAUUUUCUAUUUUUCUAUGAUAAUUAUAUAAAUAUAUUGUAUGGUUGUGUUGCACGUCAGCAUUUGAUGUUUGAUGCCUUUUUACUAUAUAGUUAAAAUGUCUCUGGUCUAGCAAUCCCCCAUAUCCCCUCCAAAAUAUUUUAUACAUUAAAUAUUACAUUAUCAUUACAUUGUAAAGUUCACAUUAAGAUAUCAUAAUAGUUAAAAUAUUUCAGAUUUUCAAGUUAUAUGUCUGGUGUGUAAAAUGUGUUAAUCGGACGUUCACACCGGUUUAUAUACCGCCAUUUCAUUCGGUUUUAUCCUUUGGUUGUUUACUCCCUUUUAACUUGAUCUAAACAUAAUUACAACUUCUGACACUGCCACACCAGAUAACAAUUUGAGCUUUUAACACACCAUGUGAUAAAGUAAGAUUCGCCGUGGAACAGUUUGAGGUAGGUUGUGAUUGGACUAUCUUUCAAUCAAAGGCCGUGACACGGAAAAAUUCCGCGAAAUCUGUUGAAAGACAUCAAUUAUACAGAGAUUUCAGUGACUGCUUGCCUACUGUCAAAUGUAUUUAUAAGGAGUGACCAACAGACAGACUAAACGGAACAAAACAUCUAAUUUUAGUUAGACUGCGUUCCGUUUCCUUCUAUUCGUUCCUGUUUCCCAUAAUGACCAUUUCUACAGAUGAAACAUUGGUUACAUAACAACGGUUGCUGACUUUUAUACACCCAUAUUGAAAUGUGGUUAUAUAUUGUCGUCAUCCCCGUCCGUCGGUCCGUCGUUGACAAUUGUCUGUGGGCGCUGUAGAGGCUAAAAUUGACAUUCCAUUUUAAGGCCAUGAGACGAAGAAUCCUGUGGAUUUUCAACGAUUUUCGAUAAUUACUGCAAGGGUUAUGGCCCUUGACCCUUUCGAAACUAUUGUGGGCGCUAUAAAGACCAAAAUUAUAAAAUAUACACGUUUAUACAUCAUUAAAAAAUUUCCGAUAACUUGAACAGCUAAAUUCGUCAUUCGUCAUAUUACACAUUACACGUUAACGUCGGGAAAUAGAGGCCAAACAUGAUUUUUGAUAAUUAAUUAAUGGCGUGUUGCCGUUGAUCAGUGUUUGGUGUUUUGUAAAUGAUUACAUUGCCGUCAAAAGAAGAAAAAAAUAUAAGAUAAACCGUGUUGACUGUUCGGCUGCUGUGGGAGUAGAUAUGUUUCCUUGUCUGGCUAUCUUUCUUUUAUUUUGGAUACAUCCACACGUGGGUUUGUUUAAGAGGAAAGGGUCGCCAGAUAUAGCUUAUUGUUUGUAUUUGCUGAUAUAGAGCCUAUUGCUACAUUCAUGCUUUUUUUCACAUUUUCAACUUAUUUUUUUAUACAUCUAUUUUUUUAAUAAUGAUGUGUAUGUAUCAUUAUUUAAUAUUUCUCAUUGUUGUGUUUGAGUCGUUAACCAGCAUUAAGUAAUUUUCUAAUCAUAUGGGUGGGGGGGAAUGGCCGAAUGGUUAGCACGUGCGCGUUGUAACAUAAGGUCUGUCAUUGAGUCAGCUGGCUUGGUUUCGAUUCCCCGGCUGUACGUGGCAAGGAGUAGGGUCGCCUGUCCAACUUCGUAGGUUUUCUCCGGGUCCUCCGGUUUCCUCCUGCUGCUGAAGACCCCUACGCGCCAGCGAAUUAUUGACAUAAAAUUAAACCAUGUGUUUAUCCCGAAAUGACCUAGUUUGUGUUGAGUGGACGUUAAACUCCAUUUCCCUCUCUCUCUCUCUCUCUCUCUCUCUCUCUCUCUCCCUCCCUACGAGCAAGUGAAUUAUUGAAAUAACAUUGAACCAUAUGUUAGUCCUGAAAUGAUCUAGUUUGUGUCAAGUGGACGUUAAACCCCAUUUUUCUCUUUCUAUAUUUAUAUAAAAUCAUAUGAAUUUCAUAAAUUAAAAAAGGAAAAUUAUAGAUUGACAUCAAUUAUGUAGACAGUAAUACAAGCCCAUGAGAAAAAUCUUAUACGCUUACAUGUUACUUCUACAAAGUUUAGUUCAUGAUCAAAAUAUUAUAAUACUAGAAGAAUGCCCGGCUUCGCUCGAGGGUCGUAACCCCGAAACCGGAAGUGGUAGACUAACGUCACCUGGCCUAUGUUACUCCCCUGUCCGAGCUACCCCUAUACCCCAAAUUUCAGACUCGGGGCAGACCUAGUGUAGCCGCCAACCCCGAACAGACAGACAGACAAACGACAGUCACAAAUAUUAGCAUAGAUUUAUUUGCCCACUAGUGAAGGUGGUAGUUAAAUCUGCUAAUUAGUGUCGGGUGAAGAUGAUCCCUGUCGAUCUUUAGCAUUUUCCAGGGUUAUUGUCCCUUACUGGGUGAUUAUUGAUCAAAGUAUAUAACGAAGCGGGUACUAACUCCAGAGAAUACAGUUCUCAACCAAUUUGCAAUGUGGGGUAAAGAUAACCUAUGCAUUUUAGCGUUUUUGCAAAGACAGUGCCAGAGUAAAUUAUCCCAGACAUUCCGUGGGCCUACCAAAUUUCGCUAAUCACUCCAUAAUUCAGAAUUUUUGAGAUGACACUUUACAUUCAUUAUUUACCGAGUUAUUGCUCUUGUCAAAGAAACCUUGUAAUCUACAGGUCGGGUGGGGUUUUUUUCUUCUUUUUUUUCAAACUUGCUGGGAUUGUUUAUCGGGUCAUAAGUUAGACUCACUGAAAUGCAUAGUAAUGCGUCAUUCAUUGUCGAGGUUACUGAACUUGUCAUCAAAACCUUGUCAUCGUUCUACAUGUCAAAAUUUUAAGCGGGAUUUUACUGUAUAAACUUUUUACCAGUGUCAGAUACUCAGUAGGUUGUCUUGGAUAGUGAGCCGAACUGCGCAUUUGAUAGUAUUAAAAUCAAAUUCUGUCUUGACUCAGAUUGCGAUCGCUUGUGUUGUCGAUGGUUAUUUACGUCAAUGUCAGAAUCUACACCUCUCUCCGUGUCUGAUUGUCUUCCGCUAAAACAAUCUCAGAAUUAGAUAACGAUUAGAGAUUAAUCGUAACCUCAGUAUUUAGGUUUAAGGUUCAAGCUGCGUUUAACUAUAUUUAUUGGGACACAAGAAGUGCCUGGAAGCUUCUUUGGGCUAGAAUUAGGGUUAGGUCAUAAAUGCUUCAGAAGUAUUUACGAGACAAUUUAUACUUUAUUCGUAAACACUUUGGUUAAGAAUAACGUCGUCAUUAAAGAAAAGUAUUGGAUAAAUAAAGUCCAAGUAAAUUAGUCCCAUGUAUUAUAUAUUUAAAAUUAAUUCCCAGCAAAGAAUAAAAGAGCUACAUUGUUAAAGCUAAUAUACUUCUUUAUGGUGUCCAUUAUCAUCUAAAAAUAUGUGUAUAUAUAUAUAUGCCUAAUCUACUUCUUUAUGGUGUACAUUUUCCUGUGAUUUUUAUGAUUAUUAUACUGUUUUAAUAUUAUUAUAAAAUAUCUAUUUUAUGUAAGAAAAUUGUAACAACGUGUAUAUUUAUUAAUAUGGAUGUCAUCUUUACUUUAAGCUUCCAUAAUAAAAUUAUA